UUCUUUCUGCCGACGCCUCCUGUUCUCUAUCACAACAUGCAGAGUUUACAUCCAACCUAUUAUCAGAUUCCAGGAGGCAAUGCAGACUGUUGAGUACUACACUUCCUGGCUCUACUCACUUGACGCAGCGAGCUAUUAUUAGUGAAUCAAGAGUCCCCUACGGCUGGCCUCCCUGCGAGAUGAGGUCAUUGGCUUGCUGCUGAGUCGCUUCCCAAUCGAGUCUGUACCACCAAUCCGUCUACCUACCUACCUAUUCGUUGGUAGGUUGCUACCUGCUUCAGUAGGUACAGAUACCGACUGCAUGAUUGCUAACUUCGAUUUUUCCUCCACACACCCGUACACCUGCAACGCAGACCGCCUGGCCUGGCUAUUUUCUAUCUCUCCCCCUCUCUUCCUCCCUGUUUCUCCAUAAAACCCAUAGAAGGGUCGUUGUGGAUACGGUGCACGUGGUCAGCUGCUCUGCGUUUCCAUCCGGAGCCCUUGGACCGGGCCGUCGGGCCCGGUCGGUGUGAGACGGUACGAGACAGGCCUCUCAGCGUCUUGCGCUCUCUCCACCGCUCCGCUCCGCUUCUGUCACGACAUGGGAUGUAAUCCCUUAAUCAUUCGACUGGACGAUGACCAAUAACGUGAUAGGUGUCGGCAAGAGGUGGCCUUCUAUUUGUCUGAAGCGUCGCUAUCGCCGCAUUGCAUCAGCCAACCAAUGCAAAGGCUAAAUUGGCAUGUUAGCAUGCUCGGAGCCGCCACUGAGCGAUAUGCGCAGCUGAAGUCAACCGUCACGAGGUCAGUCCCAAGUGUUCUUCACCCGCUCGUCGUCGCCUCCUGCUGUGGCCGGUAGUUUCCUGGCCUGGAUGGCAGAUCGACUGCGCAGGGCUGUCGACGACGGAGCCCAAAAGAGCAUGACGGGCUAAAUUGACGCGUCGGCUCCGCCAACAAACUCGAGACGGAAAUGGGGUUUUCAAGGCGAUGGGACAGGGUUCCAAGCGCUCGCCGACGUCUUUAUGCGCAGGGAAUACCUGUCUCGCACACGCGACACCUGACCGAAAUGCAGUUAUCCGUGAGAACGAGCCCGUUUUGUCAUUGGUUUGCCGGCUGCAAACAUGGACUUGUUUGCCGCAACACAUCUAUUCAGGGGUAUGGCGCCUUCGACUUCUGUCGAUGCGCCAUGCCAUGAUGUGUGGACGGGAUGUAGCUUUUCUCAAUUGAUUCAUCAAGGAGAUAACGUCAAUAGGGUAGACGACGUCUGCAUGAUACAGUGACAAACGGAAUCCUCUGUCGAAUGCAAGCCUAGAUAAUGGAAUGAGAUGGAUGGGACAGAGAGAAGAAGAGCACCCGGGUUUGGGCGACGUAGGUACCGGACCUGUUGUAUGUGAGGAACUCUGCCUGCGACAGGCCGUGGUAUGGGAAGGUUAAUGACAAGGCUGGUAUUGCUUCUUCACCCUCACCAUUGCUUCAGCAUGCUGUUCGGGAGUCAUCAUCGUUCAAGAGGCGCGAAUGUCCUAUCAUAGGCGUUAUGCUGUGCGCGGGCUAGGUAGUCUAUGGGUUUGAACCUCUCGGCCGGUACAACUCACGACAUUGUCAGCAUCACCGGGAAGGCAGAAUUGGCCUGAAGGCGCGGGUCGCAAAAAGAUGACUGGUGGAAAAGAGUGAGGAGAGAGAUGAUGAGGGGCAUCGUCGACGAGUGU